AUGUGUAGCGAGUUAGCGUUGCGCAGUGAAUGCACCAAAGACGUCAUAUAUCACGCAAAUUGCGGUCAGGGUGUCGUCAGGAAAACUUUUAAAACUAACCUUUCCAUUAGACUAAAUAUUUUUAUUGAAAGUCUUCACCUUUUUUUCUUCUGUAGAGGACAGUGACGUGGUUUUGCCUAUCUUUUUUCUCUUGGUUUUGAUAUCCCGUAAAUCCAAGAUGAGAAAAAUCGAUUAGAUUGGUCUCCAUAAAGCCUCCUUUGGGUCAUUCUAGCGAUUAGUUCGCGGUAUGUUGGUAUCAUCGAAGUUUAAGAUGUUUCAUAAAAAUGUGCGAUUUUUAUUUCGUACAUGUUCAUAUGGGAUUAUGUCGUUUCAGUAAUUUUUUUAAGUUUCAGAUGAAUUUGACCGAUGAAGAGCUACAAUCAUACACCCACGAAAAAUUGUUGAGACAUUGUUUGCAACUAAAAGUUCGUUAUUUAUGAAAAUCUUCAUCGAACUUUGAAAAAAUUGAAAUAAUGUUCCAUCUUAAACUGAAGUUAGUUUUUCAGAUCGAGUACAACGAAUAUGUAGUUUCAAGUCAGCAGAUGGAAAAGCUUUUGGAGGACGAAUUAGAGGUCUUUUCUUUUUUCAUUCAUAGUCUUUUCUUGUUUUUUAGGAUAUGAAGACGAAAUUUAAAGCGGCAGAGCUUCGAAGUCAGCAAGCUGUACUCGAUGCCGAACGAUAUCAGGUUUUUUUUGAAUAUGUUAAAUAUAAAAAAAAAAUUCGAGACUCAACAAAGCACGAAAAAAAUUUAAAAAGCGAAAUACGAAUUUUUCCCAAAUCUAGUUGUUGUUACCGCAGGUAGAGAACGUGAAGUUGUAGUUGAAGUUUAUUGGUGAGAAAGAAGAAACAACGGGGUUUAUAGGCUGAGGGGAGAGAUCCCGAAGACUGUGGAAUGUUACAGAAGAAAUGUGGAGUUUAGAGAUUAUAUAAGGAAAAGAACAUGAGGGAACAUUCCAUAGGCUUAGAGAUCUUUCCGCCAGGUUAUAGAACAUUCUGGAACGAUUUGGAACUUUCUAGAAAGAUAUGGAAUUUUCUAGAAGGGGAGUUUUAAGAUUUUUCCCUAUGACGUAAUACAACCGUAAAGUCUAGAAAGAGAUAGAAUAUUGUAGAACAAAUUUAGUUUGAUAGCCCAUUUUUCUAGUAAGUCGAUCCGCUCUAGGAAACCGUUGUUGAACUCAUUUUAUGGUUGACUGAAGCUUUGAGUUCAUUUUACCAUCGCUUGCUCAACAAUAAAUCUAUUACCCAGAAUAAAAAAAGCUCUAAGUUCAGAAGCCCUUGAUUUUCUGGGAUUUUUGGAUUACCGAUUCCCUCACAAACGUUUUGAUGGAUUUCUUUUUUUUUGAACUUCAUUAAUUAACUUGUAGUAAAGUUUAACUGAGUACUGAUCAGUUUUUGAAACGGGAAGAGCCAAAAACAGCCGCUCAAAAGCCGACAAGGCUGAACUCAUGAUCUGAUCGAAAUGAGUUUAUUCAGCUUCCUGUGGGAUUUUAGAGUUAAUUUCUGUGGUUUAUGCUCUCAAACAGAAAAGGAAUGUUUAUUAAGCGUUUUUCAACAAUAACUCAAGAGUGUUCUGUUACCAUAUGAUAACAAAUUCUCAAAAAAAAAACAUACUAGAAAAAUGAGCUAUCAAACGGAUUUUUCUGAAAGAAAAAACUGAAACAGCUGUAGAAAGUUUGACGAUAAUUGGACAAUUCCUGCAAAAGUAAUGACGAAAAAAAUUGAAAUUGUAUAUCUUACUGCAAGGUACCGUAGACUUGGGUAAUAACUACUUGGGCUCUUAGAAACAAGACAGAUUAUUUGCUAAACCACAUAGGCUUCUGAGAAAAAGCUUCUCCAAGAAUUCGAGGAAGAUUCAUGUUCCUCUCGUACCGAGGUCGACUGGUGCAGUGGUUAGAGGGGCAGUCUCAUGAUCGAAUUCUGUGGGUACGCCGAUUUACCCGAGUUGAGAGUUCAAUUUUUCGGGUAACGGCAGGCUCCACUAAAAAAGCCAUGAAACCGAGUUCAUAAAAAAAAAAUUAAUGAAAACAAAAACAGAAAAUUACAAAGUUCAAGCGAAAAAAUUGCUUUUCCUCACUUACAGAAACGACAAGAAACAGAGCGCGGAGAAUCGGCGAAACUUGAAGAAACGCUACGUCAUGAGGUGCGUUUCUUUUCAAACUUCAGUUCGGACAAUGAUUGAAAAGUGUCUUCACCUGGUUUCUCACACCUUUCAAUUCCGCAACAAAUUUUAUGAUUCUUCUAUAGUCCAUCCAUUUCCUACUUGAAAGGCGAUAUGGGUAGAUUGGCAAUGGUGGAGCAUUUCGUACGUGACGCGGCUAUUUGACGGGAAACUCGUGGUCAAACGCAAACUUUGAAUAAUUUAGGAAAAAAAAAUUGAGUUUCAUUCUUUUAUUCGUUCAAAUUAAUUUUUUCGGAACGAUGAAAAAUUAAAAUUUUUUGAAAAGCUGACUAAAAAGUAGAAACGCAUAAAAAGAUGGCUCGCAUUCUACGUCGAGUUUCGCGCCAAAAGAAUCGUUGUUUAGGUAAAUUGGCUUCGUGACAAAUGUGAAAAGCAGCGGGAAGAAAUUCGUCGUUUGGAGCAACGUAACGAUGACUUGGAGAGAAGAGAUCGGUGCAACGAGCAGCUUGCUCUCGACCUUGAACAAAAGGCUGCUUAUUUAUUUUUUCAAAACAUAAGAGCUACAUACAGAUACUUCAAGAAACGCUUUUUCAUCAUGAUUUUUGAAAUGUUCUGCGUUUUUUAGAAAAACGCAAAAAGAGUUUGCCCUCGACAGGAAUCCAAUCUACUGAAAAUAGUCGAUCAUGAGACUGGCCCUCUAAUCACUGCACUAGUCGACCUCGGUAGGAGAGGAACACGAAUCUUCCUCGAAUUCUUGGAGAAGCUUUUUUCUAAGAAUCCUAUGUAAUUUGGCAGAUAAUCUGUCUUGCUUCUCAGAGCUCUUACCGAAGUCUAUAAGUCACUGUAGUUUCAACUUGAAACGCGUAACUUACUUACUUACUUACUUACUUACUUAGAUGGUCCAUCUUCGCUUUCGACCUUUUAUUGCCUUUUAGUGCCUUUUAUAGAUCGAAGCGUGGACCACACGUUUUCCAGGAGAUCUUAUGCAAUUGGUCAUCCAGUGUUGUCGUCCUGGUUGACUGGUAUUCUUGCGAAAAAGUUCCAUCCGUGGUGUUGAACGUGUUAUAGCAUAAUUUUGGUCUGAUUAUCCUUUUUGCCUUGCCAGGGCUAAAAAAGACCGCCCAUUCUGUUAGCAGAAGCAAGCCGAACUGCGUGACCGGUGUACCGUUAGCCGCCAUAAAUGGCGUUGCCUCCCCAUCACCGCGUAGAGUGGUACUUGAAACGCGUAACCGAGCACGAAAAAUUCUGUUUGCAUUCAUCGAAUUGCCAUUUAAACUGACUGAUGAGAUUUUUUUUUUGCAGUGGAACGUUUCCAUUGAAAAAAUUGCACUUCUUGAGAACGAGCUUUACGAGCGCCAAGUGGCUGCUGAAGAGAUGUAUCGGUUGCGGUUAGCGUCACAACCCUUCUCUCUUCCAAUUCGUUAUUUCAGAGACGACCUCAAGUCGGAACGACCUCUGCUCGUGGUGGAGCCUCUUCGAGUAGAGCGACAAGAGGAAACGCCAGAAGAACCUUUACCCGGACCCAGUAGUCCUAAAUGUUGGAGUUUUUUCUCUGGAUCUCCACGCACUUGAACUUUACCGUGCAGGCAGCCCUUUUCCUCUAGAAAAUUGUCUUACAGCUCUCCGUAAAAACAGCUGUGGACCGGCGGUGAUGGCCAAAUCAGCCCAAAAUUAGUCGCAAUCGGAAUUUUUUUUAUCUCACUCAUAAUUAACUUCACAUAUGUUUUUUUGAAUAACAAAUUUUCGACCACUCAGUUCACCAUUUCAACACUGGAAAUUUCAAAAAACAAAAGUUCGAAAAUGGCAAAUUCUCGACGGUGUUGGAACAUUAUUGCCCGGCCGGCCCAGCGCGUAGCUUUUCGUAAAGGCCUGUACUAUAGCUGAUAAUUUCGGUGGUAUGAAAAAAACACCAGCGAAAAUUCAAACAGCGACUUUUCCGAUUUUUUCAUAUCGCUAGGGAACUUUCCGACGGCCACCUUUCCGACGUAUCUUUUUCCGACUUUUUUUUCUCGAUGAAAUCUUCGUUUUGUCUCUGCCUAUAUAAAGUAGGUAGUUGGUUCGUGAUUAAAACACAAAGAAAUAGGAAAAACUGUUUAUAGAUGUUUUAUAAACCGAAAAACAUAAGGAAAAAAGUCGGAAAGUUCCCUAGCGAUAUGAAAAAAUCAGAAAAGUCGCAGUUUGAAUUUUCGCUGGUGUUUUUUUUUCAUACCACCAUAAUUUCAACCACUCAAUCGAAUGUUCGUUCAAUCUUUUUUUGAAACGGUUGACUGGUUGAAAAAUGGUUGGGUUGAAAUUUCAACCAGUAAACAGGUGGCCAAAAAAAAUUUGGUUGAAUUUUUCAAGCGAUUGAAAAUUGAAAAAAAUAUAAUAAUUUACUUUUUCAAUUUUUUUCCCCCAUUUAAAAGGCGAGGGAGGCGGCCGAAGCGGAGAGACGCGUAGUGUGUGCGUUCGCGGUUGUUACACGAGUUUAAUUCGAGCGCCAUCGACUUUUUGAAAAAGCUCAGUGACCGCUCUUUUUGUAUCCACUUUUUUUUGAUUCAAUAAUGAAAAAAAUCAAUAAAAAAUUAAAAAAGAAGUAAAGAGAGCGCUAAACGAGCUCUCCAAAUAGUCGCUGGCGGUUAAAUUGAAUUCGUGCCAAGAACCGCGAACGCAUAUGCUACACGCGCCGCCCCUUCGCCCGCCUCCCUCGCCUUUCAAGUCGGGAAAAUUGACUAGAACUCGCGUCACACCCAAAAUUUGUCAGGAAAAGCAAGUUGCAGUGACGAUGAGAAGAGCUUUGGAAUUCGCGCCAACGCCACCCGAUACUGGGCGAGACGCCUGGGGAGCUGAAAACAAGCCAUCCGCUGUUCAAAAGCCAUGCCAGUCCAACAAGGCAAGUUUUUCCUUGAUUGAACGUGUGUAUCGAAACGAGUGCAAUCCCAACGGUUUUUCUUCGCGGGAAACAAUUAUCAUAUUUUACCAGCGGACGUUUUUACCCCCGUUACUAAUUCACAACCGCUCGCAAUUUCGUUCUGUCGCGAAACGUUACUAAAAUGCGACCGUUUUUUUUUCUUUUUUUUUUUCGCGAACGUCACUAAAUCACGAACUGUUCUUUUUGCUCAAUGGUUAUGAAGUUUUUCAUAUUUAUUUUAAUAUCGAUGGUGCCCUUUCAUUUUUCAAAUUAAUAUAUUUUUUUUUUGAAUACUUUCAAGGUAUCGCAUAGUCAUUUCGAUUCUCUAUCAGAAGGCAGUAAAUAAAAUACAUUCGAUAAUGAUAUUUAUUCCAUUUGAGCAUUGAAAAAUUUUUAAAGAAUUUUUGAAUCACUAUUAAAGAACAGAAUCAAAAAAAAAUUUUUGUUUAGAUAAAAAAAUUGUUUAUAGACUUUGAAAGAAACAAUUUGGUUAGUGUUAAUUCUCUUUUUUUCUUUUUUUGCUAAAAAAAGACGAGAAAAAAACAGAAACUAAGCUCGCUAGUUUUUUUCGCGCUGAUUCCGAAUCUGUGCGCGAAAUUUGUUCUCAAAGCCUGUGAAAAAAGAUAUGGGCUAUCAAAGUUCAAAAAUUCGAUCUCUCCGAUUGAGCUUAUGUUAGGAGGUUAGAUAGUUCUUUUCCGCCUGGUAAUCAAAAAUCAUUCAAUUCUUCUCAAAAAAAAUUUUGAAGCCCGGAUAGGAUUUUUCGAAGUCCCUAGUGAGAAAUAAUUUACAAGAGUGUAAAAAUACACACUUUAGAACGUCUUUUGACAAAGCUUAUAACUAAUCCAAAGAGGUGCAAAAAAAAAAUUGAUCUUGUGCUCCAAGCAUCGAGAAAAUAAGUCAGUAAGUUUCGUUAGGCUAUAAUUAGCGGGUUGAAAAGUGUGAGCCUGAAAAUCAGGAAAGUACAAAAAUAUAAAGAUAAACUGAAAUUUUGAAAGCAGAGCGUUCAAAUAUCAGAAAAAGUUCUUUCUUUUUUAGAUAUUUUAAUAGUUGCGUAAAAAAACACCUAAAUCUAAAUCGAGCAUUUUUGCUUGAAGACCUCUUUUUUUUGCUGUCAUUCUAGUAGUUUUGUAGAGCGAAAGUUUGUGUUUACGGUAGUUUUUUUUUCUGUUCUUUCAAAACGUAACUUUCUCGCGGAGAACAUUCAAAAUCUGAACAGAAUAUAACGCACUGUUGCGAAAUAAAGUUGUUAUUCUCACAGUGUUCCCAAACAGGCGGCAGAUGUGGUCAUUAUUGCAAUAGUGGCGCGACAUUAGGAGCCGAUUUUGUGCAUUUACUGGAUGAAAACAGAGCGCCUCCUUGAACUUAUAUAGUAGUUUUAAUAUAUUUCAACACACAAUGAACCUUUUGAAAAUGGAAUAUGAACGGAAUCGCUUUUGCCAAAAAAUUUAUCACACGAAAUGCUUUUUUCCAGGACAAUUCGUCGCGUGAAGUCCUAAAAAAUUUUUUGAAGGAAAAAACCGAUGACGGUUCCCUCACAAAACGCAUUCUGGAUAUUCUGAAACGAAAAAAAGAAUCAAUUGGCUUCGGCACAAAAAUUUAUAACUCAAAAAGUCAUUUUAGACAACAUAUGUUUUGUAAAACGUCGAAAAAAAAAUUUUGAAAAAAAAAGCUCUGGGCGUUUAUUUUAAAAAUCUCUUUCUGAGCAUUUAAAAUCAAAAACAUGAACCAAGUAGCUUCUGCAAAAAAGUUACUCGUCAAAAUGUCAUUUUAGUUGAAAUUUCGGGACCUUCUCGAUCAAAAAAAUUACCUCAAGUACCUUUCAAACGCAUCCAACACGGUUAUAUUACCCAACAGAAAGUAAAAACGAUUCAAAAAUCUAAAAAAAUACGCGAUAAAAAGAGAAAAAAACUAUAUUUAAAUUGAAUUAAAUUUUUGAGAGGUUGACACGCGCCGCACCGCGUUGCGUUAGAAGGAACUCGCGUUUUUUUGCCCCAUUGAGACGACCAUUGUUUUCGCCCGUUUUUGAAACACUGUGAUUCUGUUUUUCUAAGUUUCCACAUUUGUUAGGAACAGUGAUAAUGAUCGUUCUUUUUAAUUAUAAUUUGAUUUCAAAAAAAAAAUAAUCAAAAAUACUCUUCAGGGAUUGACGGGAUGCGUGAACCGAAUCGUCAAUGACUUGAUGCUGAAAGUGGAUAGAUUGGAGCACAUUUUGUCAGACAUGCGGAUCCAGCAGACGCGGAAUUCCGGCCACUUUUCCUGA